AUGGAUGGAAGACCUAUCGGUAGGCUUCGAUGCGUUUCGCCAUCAUAUAUGCAAGCCGGUCCCAUCGCUUCUCCAAACGUUUCGUAUGUAGUAAAUAUUUUCUUCAAAUGGACAAAACCUGCGCGAGCUGUGGCGCAAAUAUUUAAAACGACAAGAUUUGCAGUUCCUGAGCGAGAACAUCAUUCUAGCGGCAAGAGUUGUCACAAAUGUGCCUUGGGACCCAUUGAUACCGCGCUCUAUGUGGACACCCUACACAGGCUUGGUAGCAUUAAACUUGAAGAUAUCCUAGAGUCCCUUUUAGCGCAUUCGACAGUCUCCCAGAAGCAAGCGUCUGUUCAGAAUGGAUCAGCCACAAAAACACCCCUCAGUACGCUGAUGACCGACUACUGCGUUAUCCACAAUGCUACAAUAGCAGCGACUUCAGGACAUGCCCCAAAGACAAUAGCUGAAGCCGGAAACACAUUUUCUGCGCUCGCACAAUGGAUUUUAUCUCUUCUUUCAUGGAACUCAAGUCGUGAACCGGAAGGCGACCCCUCCAGCUCGCUGACAAGCUCUCCGGAUGCUCUGACCGUGUUCGAAUCGCUCGGGAUUUUAUUUGCUGCACUUGCCAGCACUGAGAGAUCAGUAAACGCUCUUUCUGCCGCUGGGACAAAAGAGUGGAGAAAUAAGCUAGGACAAGCUCUUUCUGAAUAUAUACCACUAUGUGCUGGUGUAUCAAUUCCCCUACGUGACAGGCUCGAAGCGCUGCAAAAAGAUUUUAACUUAUAUGGUCACGAUGGAGAGAAAUCUCUUGAGGAUUCAAUGAUGGAAAAUGUCAAUAUCUCGGCUCUAGAAUUUGAGUCUAACGUGCUUGACGGCGUUAUCAUUAAUUCCAGAGCAGGGCCUUAUAUAUAUGUUAAUGCCUUGCUCGUCGGGAGACCACUGGUUGAUGAUAACAUGGUUGUCAACUAUUUAAAUAACCGAUAUGGAGGCGAUCGCAUGGCACUGAUUGAAGAUCUUAUUACUGCGGCCUUUGACGUUUUAUCAAAUGGGAUGUAUCGCAAUGAGCCUAACCGCACAAUGUUUAUCUUCCGCUCUUUCCUAGUCAACAAGCUGCCACCAUUUUUUGCCGAGAUGUGUACAUCUGCUAUUGAUCCCAUCCCCAUGGAGCUUUGUAUCACCCGUGCCCUCAGUCGCAUUGACCCCAACGCCUUUCCGUCGUUUUCGGAAAUGUUCGCCAUGCAAGGAAAUUCUAUUCUCUCGGAUGUCCGACAGGAAUUUUUGUUUGCCUGUGCGUUGCACAAAUUGAUACCCGAAGCGAGCAUCGAGCGGCUUCUAGGAGAAAACCCAAUGCAAACCUUGCCCGUUGGAGGACAGCUUCGACGAGAAGAUUUAGUUUCCCAAAUUAAUAGCAACCCUGAGCGUGCAGAGCAACUUAUAAAUGAACUCGAGUCAAUGGAAGGGAACGCUGGUGCGAUAGCGACGGCUAUCACGGAAUUUAUGCUCAAGGAAGGAAACGAUGACCCUGAAGAAUAUUUGCAAUUCCCUCUCACGGAGGCCACUUUCCUUGGACGGGAAAGUCAACCGGUCUAUGAUGAAUUCGGCAGCAUAUUACUACUGGUUCUUGCCUUCAAACACAAAUACGGACUAUCUCAUUACGACUUAGGAAUUUCAAACCCCGACUCGUUUGUCCUCAGGCUUCUAAACUAUGGGUCCUCAAGUCAGAGACUUGACGACUUGGACGAAAAGCAAAAAAAUAAUCUUGGAGCAUGGAUCACAGCCUUGUUCAUUGCAGAAGGGAUUAGCGACGAUUUAAUGUCAUCAUGCAGUCCCCAGGAGUUUUACUUCCUCGUAGCGACUCUUUUCAGCCAAAGUCUGGCGGCCUGUGAAGCCGGAAAACUAGAAUUUGAGACGUUGAAGGGAGGGUUUGAAUUGAUGGCAUUAACGUGGCUUGGUCAUCACAUUUGGGAGUCAGAAAGUGAUUUGACUACAUCGUUAAAACUUUUGCUUGCCCUCGUUAAACCAAGUUCCAUAUCUGGCGAAGCGCAGGAAAUCCAUCGCACUGUGCUAUUAAUAACUGCAAAGCCGCUUGAAGACCAGCUGAAGGGUAUUGUCGCCGGAAUACGGCUUGUAGGCGCCGUUCGCGUACUGCGAGGCAUAAUCGAUGAGCUCAAAUUGCAAGCGGAAACGGGGAGCGGUGAUCUCGCCCUUGAUAUUGCCGCCACGCUCAUAUGUGCUCCCCUUGCGGAAUCCUUCGCCGUAGAGCGGGCAGCAUUCCAUCCCGUUGACCUGUCUAAAGAUUCGGUACCCCACAAUUCUAUUCUCACACUCCGCGACGCACUUAACCUUGAGCGUGAAUCCAUCCCCAAGUUAGUCGAUAGUGACACGCCCCGUGCGGAGCUAAUUGUGCGGUUAAAUCGGCGAGUCGAUGCGCUUACUGCUAUCCCGCAGCUGUCACAAGAAGUCUCAAGCAUCGAUGUUGGCAACAUCAUGCAAGAUAUCAAUUUAGAAGAGGAAAGCAUGGGAAUGACUAACCCAAGGCUCGAUCAAGGCGGUGAGCAAGCCGGUCAGCAGGAUCAAGUCGCGGACGCUGCAGGUGAUCUCAAUGACAUGCUUGAUGCAGCAGUGGCGGCGGCGGCUGGGGGUGAUGGGGCCGGAAACGAACAGGGGAUGGGUAUGAGUGGAAUCCGCGGGAUUAGUAUGACUAUGGAUAGUGGCAUAGAGCGCAAGCAUUGA